AUGGACAUCAUACGCCCCUCUGAAAAUUCAUGCGGGUCUCCUCUACACAUGGUCCCCAAAAAUUCGUCCAAAUCUGGCGCCCAUGUGGAGACUAUCGCGCACUCAACGGCCCCGGAUAGGUACCUGAUUCCCCAAAUCCUGGAUCUCAGGUCAGAUCUAGCCGGUUUAACUCUUUUCAGCCGCAUCGAUCUGGUUCGCGCAUACAACCAGAUACCAGUAGCCGAAGCCGACAUCUCCAGAACAGUCGUAGUCACACCGUUUGGACUAUUGGAAUUCCUUCGAAUGACAAUCAGUUUAAGCAAAGGUGCACAGUCCUUCUGA